AUGCUUCUCGUCGCCGUCGGCUUCGUGCUCAUCCUCCUCGUCGUCUUCCUAAUCGUCAUCAUUGCCUACACGCAGAGCUCGGUGCUCAUGAGGCAAAUAUCGUCGCCGGUAGAAGCAUCUCUGUGCGUCGUGUGUGUUUGGUCGUUUCGGCGUCGUCGCGUCGUUUUGUUAUGCGUGUGCGUGCGCGUGUUUAUACGAGUGACCCACAAGUUCCCCCCGUGCGCGUCGUCCCACUCAUCAUCGUCAUCAUCACUUGCAACGAAUGGACCAGAGUGUGACCGAAUGUUCAUCAGCAACCCGGACGGCCCCAAGAACGGAAGCUUCAACGCCCCGCACAUGGAGAACCCGCUGGGCCAUUCUAGACAAUGCAUCUACACUUUCAUCGCACAGGAAAACGAGAGGGUCGACAUCAACUUCACCCGCUUCAGGGUGCGAGGAUCCUCGCCAGACUGCGGCCGCGAGUACGUGGACCUGUACACGGAGCUGGCCGACCCGAGCAGCGACCUGAUCAGCACGCCGUUCGGGGGCCGCUACUGCGGGCGCGUGUUUCCCCGGCGGCGCAUCUCCAUGCAUCGCACACUCGUCAUCGGCUUCUACACCGACUACGAGAACGACACCGCCGACGUCUUCCACGGCACAUACCAGUUCGUUGAUGCCUCACGCUUCCUGAUUGGCAAGCCGGAGCCUGGCUCGGUGUGCAGCUUCACCAUCUACGGCGACCAGAAGCGCGAGGGCGACUUCUUCUCCCCCACCUACCCGGGCGUGUACCCCAAGAACCUGCAGUGCCGCUACCGAUUCCUGGGCAGCCGCGGACAACGCGUGCGCCUCGAGUUCCUGGACUUCGACCUCUUCUACGGUGGCUCUCAUUGUCCUUUCGACUACGUGAAGAUAUACGACGGCAACUCGAGCGAGGACACGCUGAUCGGCACCUACUGCGGACAGCAGCGCAACCUGGUCGUCUACUCGUCGGCCUCAAACCUCUACGUCAAGUUCACUACGUUGCGACGCAUGGCCGACAGCCAGAACCGGGGAUUCGCCGGGUGGUUCGAGUUCGGCGAGAAGUUCGUCAACCUCGAUUUCAUCAAGAAGAAUGACGGCGAGCACAUUCGGGGAACCGAGUGCGACCAGAAGAUCCUGAGUCGCAAGGAGUCCAACGGCACGGUGUACUCUCCCAACUGGCCGCUGCCGUACCAGGCGAACAUCGUGUGCCGCUACUACAUCUACGGCAUGGAGGACGCCCAGCACCUGGAGCGAGUGCGGCUCGACUUCGACAAGUUCCACAUGGACGACCACCGUGCCGACGACGGCCACGAGUGCACGGACGCUUACCUCAAGCUGUACAUGCAGGGCCAAGAGGAGCGGCAAGCCGUGGACGAGUUCGACCACGCGUUCUGUGGAAACCAGGCUCCUCCGGCGCUCAUCUCGGAGGGACCUCGGCUGGUGAUGGUCUUCUCUAGCGGACAGACCAAGGGCACGGGCUUUCGGGCGCGCUACUCGUUCGAGACCGACUACAAGGUCCCGGGCACCCCUUCGCCCAACAACACGUGCCACUUCUGGUACCUGAGUGAGUCGCAAGCGACGGGCGACUUCAACUCGCCUCGCUACCCGGCAAACUACCCGUCCAGCACCCGCUGCGAGUACAUCUUCCUUGGGGGGCUAGGCGAGCAGGUGAAGAUCGUCUUCAACUACUUCAAGACCAAGGCCGAGCUCGCCUAUCACGGAUACAAUGAAGCUUGCGUGGAAGACUGGCUGGAGAUUUAUGAGGUCUCCGCCAAGGGCGAAUCCAGCAAGAUCGGUCGCUACUGCGCCAAGACUGCUCCGGGACCCAUCGUGUCUGACACGGGCGUCAACAUGAUGAAGGUCAUUCUACACACCGACAGUUCUGGUGUUGCCAGUGGCUUCAGCGCUACCUACUACUUCCUCAAGGACGUCAACAAGUUUGGAGACUGCGGCGGAAACAUCACGGGCGAAGAGAACGGCCUCAUCACCAGCCCUGGAUACCCGAACCCGUACAAAAACGACCGGCAGAUGUGCAACUGGUACAUCACCGUGCGGCCGGGACACAAGGUGUUCCUACACUUUACCCUCUUCCUCAUUGAGGGGCACCCAGGAGAGCGAGGAUGUCCCAGCGCAGUGGUGCGCGUCUGGAAGAACCUGUCCGACGCGCCGCUCGAACUGUGCGGCGAAGGCCUGACCAAUGACACCCGAGAAGUGAUAUCCACCUCCAACGUGCUCAAAGUGUCGUUUAUGACCGCGCAAAAGGCUGUUGGAAACGGUGGAUUUAGGGCCGUUUGGACAGAAAUAAGAGAAGACCCUAGUUGUGAAGACCUAAGGUGCGCCCUCACUGGUUACUGCAUAUCUUCGCGCCUCAGGUGCAACGACUUGCCCAACUGCGGAAGCAGCGACAACACCGACGAGGACGAUUGCGUACGCAGCCCCGAGCUCAACCUGUACCUGGUGGGCGGCGUGUCCGCGGGCUGUGCGGCCUUCACGCUGCUCACGCUGUGCCUGGUCUGCCGCAGCCGGCGAAGGCGGCGGCGCCGAAGGAGGCGGCACCCGCCGUUCGGCGACCGUCCCCAGCUGCGGCCGCCGCCGCCCGGAGAGGUGCCGGCCAUGCACUUCGUCUCCAUGGACACCGUGUGACUAGAGACCACCGUCUAAGAGCGACGAGGCACCCAGGAACUGACCACUCCUCCACACUCCCCACUUCCUUCCCGGCACCCGGGGUCAGGAAGGAUGGAAAAAAGAACGACGCGGAGCCCAAUACGCUGCAUGCGCUUUGUUACGCAUACUGCCCUCCGAAACCCGCUUGUCUGCCUACGUACGUAACUGGGCGGGAAUGCAUGGCGAUGUAUCGCCCUGAGUCGCAUUGAUUGGCUCCGAUCUAUUUAAGUUGGGCUAGGUGGACGGGUGUGCUAGUUGGUCUUGCAUCGGAGUUUUAGCCUGCCAGCGAAACUGUUACCGUUUAAGGAAUACCGGAGACGCGGAGAGCUGGUAGCGCCACCCUGCGACGAAGAGUUCAACUACAGCUGCAAAACUGUAAUUGCAUACGAUCAUGUUCUACUUAGCUGCUGGUGUAAACACGUCGGCAGCAAUAAUCACCAAAGUGUGUGUCUCUUUGUCUUUUUUAUUCCUUCCGGCAAGGAUGCUUAUGCAAUACAGAAGCGUCCCUGGUACGCUAUAGUUGAACAAAGCGUCAUAAGUUGUCGCUACCAGUGUUGCUACCAUAUGCUGCCAUCCGAUUUCCCGGUAUCCCGUUCACGGGGUACCGUGAACGCCGCACACAAACAGGCUGGAACACUUGGAACCGAGUGAUGCAGCGUGUCUCUCAAUUCGUUCCGUGUGUAUUCAGCGAUGUCGUUCUCUUCAAUUAGCAGACCUAGCUUGUUCGUCGUCGACAGGAUUCUACAGGCAAACGAGCGAGCAAAGGAAUCUGUUCACAAGAAUAGCAAAUAAAAGUGGCACGAAAGCGAGACAAAGAAGCAUGUAACAACACCGUUUUCGCGAUGUUGGUCUAACUUCGCAUGAGCUACUAGUCAGGAUCACUACAUAAAAUGUGUCCCCGUUGCCUCCUUAAGAAUAACGUUCGCUACUUUAAAUGUGUAACUCACGUUGGGUUAAUACACACGGAUUAUGGAUUGCGGUGAUGACACAACUUUCGCGUGUGUCGUGAAGUGAACAAGAGGAGGCUGGGCUAGCGUUGAAAGAUCGUUUUGCGCAGCUAUGGUUAACGCGCCGAUGGGCUUACUACUGCCAGAUGCAAUGAAGCUGCGAUGUCCAGAGAUACAGGUGAACACUAGCCUGUAGUUUCUCAACGUCCUUCGUACACGCUCCUGCUCAAAAUAUUUAGGGGAUGGUGAGGCAUAUUGCGUUAUAAGCAGCUUCCGUACGUAUCCUGCCUCCAAUGUUGUUGUUCACCUUUAUAAAGCCCAAUGUUAUCCCUCCUUGACUUUCGUCAGCACGGCGCUAGAGAAGGGUGACGCCGAGGCAGUGUCGUUGUUUGACGCACAAUGCGUGCAGUGUAUUAGAUUCUCGUGCGAUUCUUUCAUUGCAGAAGAAGCCACCUUCACGAAAGACAGGAGCGGCACAGUUGAGCUCGACGCAAGAAAUUGCCCGCAGUAAAAGGUUAUCUCUCAAGCCAGCCUGCUUAUAACCGCCGUGAUCUUGGCUGAGAUUCAGCACUCUUUCGUAGCACUAACGCUUACAUGACUUUGCCUCUCUCUUUUUCUUUUUUUUUCUUUUUUUCUGGCUGACAAGUGACAAGUUUUAUAGGACUUAAGUAUUGCCUUGCUGAGCGCGUACGGCAGCGUUGUAAACUAAACCAAGAAAUUUAUUCUUUCAGCGAGCUUACCCGCGAACUGCUUUGACAAAUCAAUGAGUCACAGGUCUCAAAAUCACCACGUACUACGACAUAAAAGUGCUGGCAAGGCGAACGACUUGAGAGGCACCCUCCUUUUACUGUCCGCUUUUAAGCGCGUCGGGCACAACGCAGAGUCACUUCCAAAUCUUUGCACCGCAGGUGCGAACUAGAAUGGCGAAGCGUGAACCUAAGUUCCGUGCAAUCCAACUCGCUUCGGCGACGGCGAACGCGGGCUGCAAAUCUUUCAACACUUCAGUGCCAAAAUCGAGCCUCAGCCAGAGAGUGCUUCCUGAAACGACGUUAUGCGUCACGUAGCGGUGCUCCCGAGCGAGGCCCUGCCGUCCUGAGAAGCCAUGAGACGGUGCAGUUGAUGCAAUGGCGUCGAGAGAGAGUACCAAGCACCGCCUACGUAGGAGCCACAUUAUACGAAUGUGCGCUCUGUCCGAAGCCUACCAUGUGGCGGUCGAACACGCAAUUUCGUAAAAGACAGCGAGGCCAGUGAAACCUUACAAGACUGAGAUCCUUUCUAACUCUACCCUGUCCUGUUACCUUUCGGUUUACGCCGGUAUUCUCUUCUUCUUCUUCUUCUUGACUGCUGUUUGCUUCUUACGCCGUAGCGCAGUAACAGGUUUGGCCAACCGACGACAAGCUCGCAAGUCAAGCACUUCGAGGCUGUCGAACAAGGACUGCAAGUGUGAAGAGAUUUGCGCCAGCCACUUGUUAACCGCUUUAUUUUCGGAAGCCAAGUGACGAUAACGACUUGCUUAGCGUAUGCGACGUGUUGCGUUACGUCACAGAGUAACCAGUGUUGAGCCGUCUUGUAAGGCUGGUUUGUUGAUUUAGUCUGAAGGCGACGCUUACGUAAUUAAACGUUAACUAUACCGUAACCAUGGUGACGAAGGCACUAGCUUUCUCUUAUAUACGUCAUUUUUCUUCUUCCCUUCUUCCAUCUUUCACAAGAAUACUGUUCAGCUAGGUGUUUUACCCGACUCGAUAAAAAGAGCGAAUAAGAAUGUCACCGCUUGCCGAGUGGUUCAAACCGCGGUAAACGUCUGAGGCAAGACGAAAAUUCGCCAAUGCGUUAGCGAGGUCGCUGAACUUUCCUUUGUGCUUUGAUAGCGCAUUCAGGAUCUUAAGAUAUAUAUAUGCCGCAAGGACGAGCGGGGAACUCGAGAUGGCUAAUUUGAUAAUGCAAUAACGCUACGCGAAUGUGAAAGGAGCGUUGUUCCUUAUUUGUUCUUUUAGCAGGUUUGUUAGUGUUACUGCGGAAUAAGCAACCAUCUGUUGACAUUAUUGCAAGUAGAGCAAAUAAGUGUUUUUCGUCUUUCCAACGCUGAUGUCGUUAUAUGAUGCUUGAUAAUGCUGGUGCUUUCGCAGUAGGUAGAACACUGUCUUGAGAGACGCAGGCAUCUGGAACAGGCUCACGAAGUUUGACUCAAUAAAGCGUUAUCUGUUAUUUCACAGACAGCUACGCGCAACCUGAACGAAAUGGCUGCGGAUUUCCGAUGACGUAGCUUGUAGGUUGCAGAUAGAGAUAUGUCUAUCACGAGUCACAAACGUCUACGCGCUACUACGUUGUAGCUGCGUGUACAAUUAAUCCAGUCAUCCAGUCAUACAUAGCUCAAGUAUGCCAGAAGCCCUCUGUUUGCCUGGCCUCGAAGAAUCACAGCAUUCCCGAACUAAAAUUAGCUUCUCGUGAUUCGGCAGCAAGGACUUUCCAACAAAUCUAGACAUUUCGGUGCAACCGACGCAAAAAACAAAGUGACUUAUACGAACAGAUGAUGCGUCUCUUCUGUUUCCUAAGACGCAGAAGUGACGUCUUUCGCAAACACAAAGAGCCACUAUACUUUGUUUUCCCCGUUCUGAACCUCAGCGUAAAUUGCGAAUUCUCUUUUCUUCUCGUCAUCAUUGUGAUCUGCGCGACCCGCAUCGUCGUCUGGGGCCUCAAUUAGAGGGUCUUAGAAAUAUCGGAACCAAUGCAAUCACAUGCGCCAUCGGCCGCAUGCACGAAAGGGUCGGAGCCAAGUUUGGCUUCAGUACAUGCGCACAUUUCCUAAACUCCAAGUUUUAAUUUAGCAUAUGCUACCUACUUGCGCACUUAACAUGACUUUAUUAAUUGGCGCAGUUUAGAUAACUUAGUGGCGGCGCUGUUUCUCGGGUACACGAAGUAGACGCUAAAGUACAUUUAGCGUAGUUCAGAAGAUAGCGUUGGCAGUCACUGCGCAUGCGCUUGCCGCAAUUUCUAACAUCCCCUAUAUUAUAGCUGUCCCUCUCUAUUCGUUCGACCGUGCUCUAUCUGUGCUUGGGACCGCUUGUUUCAGCGGGGUUCUCGGAUUCUGCUCUCUCCAACAUGAUAAACAAGGAGGAAGAAAAAGAAAAAAAAAAGGAAAAGAAAGGGACAGAAAAGGCGGCUGGAAAAUCAGCAGCGCUCGGCUUCUUCAAAGGUGCAAUCUCUCGCCUCGCUCAAAACAGCCGGGCGGGAAGCAGUGUUGCCAGACUUCAGUGACCGCAGCUCGCUCGCUGCCGACGCUGGAAGACGCAAAGCCAAGAAGUCCCGUUGCCGCCCUAUUCGAUACAUGUGCUGGACUCUCGAGUGAUUGCGAGGUUCACAAAAGGGACCGACCGCCAACCGUUCCCUUUUUUCUACUCCCGUCCCAUCUGAGUGUGUGUCUGUGCGUGCCAUUCCCGUAAGUGGAAGCGACGUUCUCAUCGGGAGUCUUCUCUCUCCAAAAAAAAAAAAAAAAAAAAAAAAAAGCCCCGACGAUGGCGUGGCCACAACAACACUCAAGACCGCCGCCUAUUAUAUAUAGAGGGAGACCAAUGAAAGGGAGCAUCGUAUACGCGAUAAAGCUCAAUUGUUUUUUUUGUUUCGCUUCCCUCGGUCCGAUGUUCCGUUCCGUGCUUCCCAGACGACUACCACCGGACUUUUACGAAAAAAAGAAAUGUCACCGUACUUUUGGUGCCCGCGGCUGCUACUAGCACUGAGCAACUUGAGAACUGGAAGAAAGGAAGGGGGGAAUUUCAGCGUUUUAAUUGGGAAAGUGAAGGGUGCUAACGUACUCCAACCCAUCCGAUUACUAGCGCAACGAUCAUACACAAACUUAAGUUGACAUACCCACUACUAAUUUUGUAUGCGGGAACACAAGAGUGUCGAGUGAAAGCAAUCCGUGAUCGUGGCAUCGGCGAUUCUCAACAGCGAGGCGUUCUCGGUCACGGCGUAUCCCUCGGGCGAAUCUCAGUACAGCGGUUCCACGUUGUACUCUAACGCUUCCCGCCGACUUCAGUUUGUUUACCGCCGACUUCAUUUUGUUUGGCUCUUUUUCAUUCGAACUCCUUUUUUUUCUGAACCAAGUUAUUUAGUACGAAACUCGCUAUUUCUUUUGUAUUAUUAUUCUUAUUAUUCAAGCAAAUAUUGCGCAUUCCCCACCGCUGGUCACAGAGUCUGCGAACAGAGGCGGAGACGCAGUGAGGGUUCUGAACUGGUCCUUGAAAAAGCGUUGCUCGAAGUACCGCUUGGUUCCCGAGUCUGUACACUGUCUUAGACUGCACUAUCUUCGGGAUCGGCCCAUAAAGAACGGUUCGACAGUUACGUGUAAUCGGGCUAAGUUGCCAAAGAAUGCUAAGCGCUUUAAAAAUUGCGCGACCAUAAUGUAGUGACCUUUAUGGUGUAUAAACAAACUGCGCGCGAGAUUUAAACGUUGCGUAGAAUAAAGGUAUACAGAAUCGUACGCAUCGCCAUUAGUUGUACAGCAUUUAAUUGAGCUCUUCAUUAAAGCUUCGCUUCACAUAGAUUCAAACGUGCGCGUUCGAUAUCAUUUUCUGACCCCUUUUCUCUCGGUUUUUUUUUUCUUCUUCUUCUUUGUUUUAUAUAUUCCUAAGUCGCUGGAGCUUAUUUUUUUAUAUAUAAUUGGGACAUCCGGCCCUUAGGUGGCUCAUUUUCUCACUUGCUCAUCAUUUAACAAACAGCAACAAACUGGGACGUCGUUCUCAUCUUGCGAAGGCAGGUUUACACACCUCGCAAGACUCCUCCACGAUUUUGCUGUCUGUACCCACAAUACCGCCGCUCACUGGGAAUCAUCAGGGAAACAUAUAUAUUUUUUGUUCUCCCAUCCGCUAACCUUUGCCGAUUCACCGUCACUCCCUGAGCACUAAACCAUUUCUCGAUGCCACUCACGUUAACUGAAAACUACGACUCGCUCUGUCCUGGUGGUUUGGAAAGUGAGAAUGCGUGUUCUUUUUUUUUUUUUUUUUUUUUUUUUCUGGGGGCGCGGGCGGACGUGGCGGGGCCGUUAAAUGAAAUGUUUGAAUAGCCGGUACGUUGCCACGGUGCUUCGGCAGCGCGUUAUUCUUGUAGCUCUUUGCUCGUCGAAGUCACACCACAAGACACACAUGUUUAUAUAUUCAAGCGCGGCGAAACCAUCUAUAUGUACAUGAUCGCGUGAAAGACAUUCUUGUAUGUUGUGAGAAUGUGUGCGCGUGCUUGAGAGUGUGUGUGUGUGUGUAGCAUUACCUCGUUCACAAAUUACUUGAAAAAUGCAAAAAAAAAAGAAUUUAAAAAAUAUUACGACGAACUCAUAUCUAGGAAUUUAAACUCUUCCAUGACAGUUGAUUGUUUCACUUUGAAGGAAGCUGUUUUGUAGCAUGGUACUCUUAUUUUAUUUUUUUAUUUUUUUACCCGGAUGGGGGCAAUAAAGAAAAAUAUGAAGUCAAGAAAGAUUGAUGUUUAUAUUAGUCUUGACGAAAACCAUGAGGUAAACAUCAAGGGCAGACAGCGUCGCCAUUUUAUAAUUAUUAAAACCUUCUUGUGACGUCGCAAAGUGGCGACGAUUGACCUAGGCCGAUAAAUUUUUAAUAUUGUUAAUAAACAAAAAUAGAAAUGAACUCUUUCACUAAAAUAAAAUCGAAUUCAAACCGGCAGCCUUUGCAAUGUGUUUCUCUCUCUCUCUCUCUCUCUUCUAUUCUCUUUAAUGAAAGAGGAUUGAAGUCUGCGACGAGCUAUCGAUACCUAAAACUUCAAGCGGUCGCUCACGGUAUUUACAGUAAGAAAACUAAAUAUAAGUUCAUUUCCUAGUCGGUGAUUUUCUCAACAUUAUGACUCAUCGCUCGUCUCUGCACAGAGCUGAGACGAUAUCCAUUAGUUUUGCCGCUUAUAACACGUUUCAGGCAGGUUUACACACCUUGCAAGACUCCUCCACGAUUUUGCUGUCUGUACCGACAACAUCGCCGUAAUUGAGUGAGGGUAAUCUUGAAAUAAAUAUAACUUCGCCCUUUAACCCAAUCAAUCUAUCCUGACAUUCAGAUUUGUCUUCAUUGCCCCCUCCAGACAAGCUUGAGGCCGUAGCAUUACUCGUUAAGAAGAAGCAAAGAAAGAAGGUAAGCAGCAAAAGGAGAACGGGUCGGUCACGUUGUUCGUUCUGUGCUCUUCAAAUAAAUCGCGGUGAUGAAGAUUUCCGUUCCACGCCACUUUGUGUGAAAUCCCGCAAGCGUACUUUCCCGCACAUCAACGUAAAUCUGUGUCCACUUUCUUUCUCUCUACUUCUGCACGGACGCUCUUAACUGUGCGAAAUAAUUAAGUUUCUAUCUGCCCGCCCUCUACAGUAUACCCACCUUGUUGUUCAGAUGCGCUCCGCUAUGCUAAUUGAAUGCAGCGUUGUGUAAGCUAUAGAGUCACGCGUCAUCUAUUCGGGUGCGGGAUUUACACAGCGAUUUGCACAUUAUAAGAGCAUUACGUUGCUGGCUGACGUUUGUAGGCCGGCCAAUCACGGUAGCCAGAGACACGACUCCCAAGUAGCCUCGCGAACUACGAAACACCGGCGUACUCGGUUUCUGCUUUGCUCGUUCAGCAGUGACGCUUAACUGUACGUUGGCGUACAAGUUACACUUUAUAAGUAAAAUGGCACCAGAGUGGGACAGUUGCUGACAGCCCUUGCAUUGUUAGUUGCGUGCAAAGGGAACAGCAUCUUUUCUCCUGUACGAGAAUAUUUCGGGAAGUUCUCCUGAACCCGAUAAAGAGAAGUUCGCAUCGGCUAGUCAGCCUGACGAGCGCUAAAUGCUAGCGUGCCGGGCUGACUCAGCCUGCCUGUAUAAAGUGCAUUGACUUGGAGAGAUAUCUGCAGAGUGUGGUCAACGUGUGCAAGUUGGGAGCAACACUAAUUAUUAUUCAUUCCCAUUUCGCCUUUAUGGGAAGAAAGUGGCCGUACUGCGCCUAACGCGGACUUCUAUUGAUCAAAGUUUAUUCUGCAGUACUUCGAAUCAAAUUUAGGCUGCUGUAACGCACUCCGACACUAACGGAAGCUUUUUUGUAAGGGUCGUGUCGGCGGGCGUGUCUGGUUGGCAGUGUAUACAGACAGUAGCAAGGAACGAAUGCGUGUAAAGAAACGCGUGGAAACGAAUACGCGUAAACUCGGCCUGCGUCCGAGUCAAGCCACUCGCCUAAGACCCAUAAAACAAGUGGCGAAAACCGAACACGAUUAUAGUAUUGAUCCCGUUCGAUGCCGGUCAAUUUUGUGCUAACCGUUCCACACAGCUUUGCCCACUAACGCACGAGCAAGGCUUUGCUGAAUUAUGGUAAUUACCCCGUGAUGGUCCUCAUGGCGAUUCCUAUCUUACAUGACGCUGCGCAGUCGGGGACAGACAGAGCGUGUUAACACGGUUUUCUAAACAUUGGCUCUGUGUUUGCUCAAAAGCGGGUUGUGGUCGUCACAGGAAAUGCGUUGUUGUUUUGUUUUUUGCUUUGUUAUGAAACGUCGAUUGUGGCGUCCUAUAGGUGCUGAUAACGAGUUACCAAGCUUAUUGCGUUAGUAUUUGUUACUAGAAUACUUCGUUUCUCUCUAUCCACUGUGCAUAGUAGGGGUGUCUUCUAACGUAUUUGUUCACGAUGUGAGCGAGAACGAAAAAAAAAAAGCAAUGUAAUUCACUUACGUCCAUACCACAUCACCAAUUCAUCUGAGACGAACGCCGGUGGCAGGUUCCUUUUCACAUCCGUGGUUAUCUAUGUACGUAUUAUAUCGAUAGAAUUACGGCGAGUGUUUGUAUAGCACAUGCCGGUGCGUUCGAGCCUCACGUUUCUUCCUUGUCUAUGUUAUCACUGACGAGUUGAAAAGAGAAAUGUGGAGUUUUAUCGUAGGAAAAAGACUUUAAAAAACAACCAAAAAACUUAUGUGUCUCGACGAUGCGUGACAAGUGUGUACGUGCUUUAGUUUCUAGUAAAAAGUUUUGAAAGUU